UUUUGAUUUAUUCACACAAUUUUUUAAUCAAAUCCAGUUGUCAUUUAGCCUGAUCUAAUCAAAUGUGUAAUGGGUUAGAGCUGGAAUUUAAUGGGGAAGAUAGAAAGAAAAAGAAAGAUUGCCGCUUUAUUAGAAAAAACAAAAUUAAGGAACUUACCAAAUUUAAAGCACACCAAUUUUAAGUCGUAAAUCAUGAUGGUCUGUUGAUAUGUGUUGUGUUCAUACUUGGCUCGCAGAUUCUUUGAAAAGCCCACAAAGAAGAAGACUUUACCAUUGCUUCUCUUUCUUUGUUUUUGCGUCUUCCCUUCAACUCUUUUCUUGUUUCUUCUUACUCUUAUUCAUAUAUGAAACUCUCUUCUCCUCUACCCAACCCAGAAAAUUACUCCUUUCUCUAUACCUUGUUGCCUUCCUCGUUCAGCCAAAUGAAUGAAUCCAACAUCUUCAUGAAGCAGCAAAGAAAAGAUAGACAAGAAAGCAAUGAGGAUGACGCCAAUUCGUUUGAAGAAGACAGCAAUAACAGUAGCAGCAACAAGAAGAGAAAACAGUUGAAGGGUAUAAUCACAUCAUUGAUGUUGAUGGACGAGCAAGGAAACUGCGAUCAUGAAGAACAAAACAAGGCUUCGUGUCAGGAGAAGCAAUUGCUUGAAGCCAACCAUAAGAAAAAGGCUAGAACAAUGGUCGAAUAUUAUUCAAAUCUUCAAGAUUACUACGCAGGAAAUGAAGAAACGGAUCGAAUCAAGCGCAAGAAGUCACGGGCAGUUGCUGGUGCUGUCUCCGAUGGAGAUGUAAAGCAAGGAACUGGAGGUCAACAGAGACGAUUAUGGGUGAAAGACAGGGACAAAGAAUGGUGGGAUGAAUGCAAUAGACCAGAUUAUCCGGAUGAGGAGUUCAAGCAAGCGUUUAGAAUGAGCAAAGCUACUUUUGACAUGAUCUGCGAUGAGCUGCAUUCAUUUAUCGCCAAAGAGGAUACAACUUUGCGAACCGCCAUUCCUGUGAAGCAAAGAGUUGCAGUCUGCAUUUGGAGAUUAGCCACUGGUGAACCUCUCAGACUCGUAUCUAAGAGGUUUGGCUUAGGAAUUUCCACUUGCCAUAAACUGGUUCUUGAAGUUUGUUCUGCUAUAAAAAAUGUUUUAAUGCCCAAGUAUCUGCAAUGGCCUGAUGAGGUUCCUUUGAAGAAGAUAAAAAAUGAGUUUGAAUCAAUUUCUGGGAUACCAAAUGUUGCGGGGUCGAUGUAUACAACUCAUAUUCCAAUUAUAGCUCCAAAGAUCAGCGUUGCAGCUUAUUUUAACAAGAGACACACUGAGAGGAAUCAGAAAACAUCCUACUCCAUUACUGUUCAAGGCGUCGUUGACCCAAGAGGAGUCUUCACUGAUGUCUGCAUUGGCUGGCCUGGUUCAAUGCCUGAUGAUCAGGUGCUGGAGAAGUCUGCCUUGUAUCAACGAGCCAAUGGAGGCCUUCUGGAGGGCGACUGGAUUGUUGGGAGUUCAGGGUACCCUUUAAUGGAUUGGAUUUUGGUGCCUUACACACAGCAACAUUUGACAUGGACUCAGCAUGCAUUCAAUGAGAAGAUUGGGGAAAUUCAAAAGGUUGCUAAGGUUGCUUUUACAAGAUUGAAAGGGAGGUGGAGUUGCUUGCAGAAAAGAACAGAGGUGAAACUACAGGAAUUGCCUGUGGUUCUUGGAGCGUGCUGUGUGUUGCAUAAUAUAUGUGAAAUGCGUAAAGAAGAACUGGAUCCAAAGCUGAAUGUUGAGCUUGUUGAUGAUGAAAUGGUGCCUGAGGUUGCUUUGAGAUCAGCCAAAUCAAUGAAGGCCAGAGAUUCCAUUGCUCAUAAUCUCUUGCACCAUUGCCAUGCAGGCACUGGUUUUCUCUAAUUCAAAAAGUUUCAUUCCCUUUGAGAUUGAAAUUCUUUGCUUUUUUUUUUUUAUAUAUAGUUAUAUUGUAGAAUAACACAAUUGUUAUUCAUCCCCCCAAACAAAUAGUUGAUAGCAGCUUUUAUAGGUUAAAGUUACAUAUAGGUCACAGAAACAUCAAGUAACCUUAAUUACUGAGAUUCAAAAUAAAGAUGGAUGAAAUUUGACUUUGUAAUAUUCCUUUGACAUGACUCUUGUUGAUAGUAGUGAUGUCCAAUCUUAAGAAUGUUUGUUCCAUGACUCUCACUUCUCUGUUUACUUGUAAUCUUUGGCUUCAUUAUUAGUAAAGAUCUUCAGGAGAGUUGUUGGGAA